ACAAAUUAUACUGAUUGUAGAUUAAACUUUCGUUCGCAGAACUCACAACACGGCGAUGAUUAUUGGUUUGAAGAACUCUACCUUGCAGCUAGCAAAUCCUUUGUUAUGGAGCUUCAAGCGGUUUUUUUCCGUUGACAGUGCCCUUUUACAAGAACCUUCCCGAGCAGAAAUGAGAAAGUUAUCACCAUCAAAAUUAAAAGAACUCAAACUACAGCACAAGCCAAAGGCUCCACAAAGUGCUUACCAAAUGUUCAUCAAACACAAGUUUGCAACUAACACGGACAAAAAUACCAAUCCACGAGACCUUCUUGGAAGAUUUGCAUCCGAAUGGAAAUCUGCCUCCGAAGAGGUUAAGGCACCAUUUGUGAAGUCACAUAAGGAGGCAGCUGAUGAGUACGCAAAAGAAUUUCAAGCAUGGAAAGAGAAAUAUACUGUUCGUUCUCCAUACAUGAACUUUUUCAUGUCCGUUUACCCUAAACGAGUCGUCAAAGAUUUCAACCAAAAUAGCUCGAUCGUGAAACAGAUUGCUGAAGAAUGGAAGGCUUUAACACCAGAGCAAAAAGAAUCAUACAGAUCAAAAGACUAAAUCAGGUGUGUCACGUAUCUGAGAAGUAUCUGUUUUGGUGAGCUAAGUAUGAUAGUCAGAACCUGAAGUGGCGUAUCAGCAAGACACAGAUGCAAGAUUGGGUGCUUCAGUUAGACUUACUUGCGAUUGCGAAAUCAUGUAUGUUGUAGUAUAUCAAUUGGAAAGAAUCCCAUAAGUGUGUUUAGCGCAAAAGUAAUUAGGAUUAUAGGUCUGAUCGGCGAACACAACAACUAGUUUGAAUUUGCUUAUAAUGAUUUACUGUUAAUUGCCGUCGAUGAGAGCUGAAUAAUGAGGUUGCUCAUGGCAGUAGUCAUGCUAUGCAGUUUAAUUUUGCCUUUCAGAAAUUUACAGCUAAAAUCAUAUCUAUCAUCAC